CGGUGCUCGUGUGACGGUGCCAGCAUCCUCGCUGUGAUCAGUGCAGCUCACACGCCCUCUUGCAAAGUUUUAUUUGACUACCGGUGACUAUUACAGACUAUGAUGGUUAAGGGGUCAACCUCUACCUGCUAACACAAGGUGCCCAGUGAACAGGUACUCGUCUGCCAUCAUCGGUGUCCUUCAAGCAUCCAUCAGAGAGGCGAGAACGACUGAUUUCAACAUGACGAUGGACCUCAUGUCGAGCGAGGCGCCCCUCAAGAUGCUGUCCAUGAGUACGGGCGGCCUGGGCAAGGACACGGCGUCCCUGUUGGAGGAGCGAACUCCCACGACGCCCGAGGGGCUGUGGCGCGCCUUCCUGCAGGGCUCCCACCACCACCCACCGCCCACCACCCAGAGGUUGGACGCACUAGAUCGACCGCUCUCACCUGAGUCUCCGGGACCUGCCCUGGUGCCGCCCUCAGGAGUGGGCGGUAGGGCGUCUCCUUCGCCGCCCCCGCCCCUCACCUCCGUCUGCGACACCCACGGUCAGUGCGGUAUAAAGCACGUCUCUCCUUCUUGCACUCCUCGUCCAGUUUUAGCUAAAGGAUAUUGCCGUCACCCAUGCAUGCC